CAUCACCACCACCACCAUCACCACCACCAUCACCACCACUACCAUCACCACCACCACCACCACCAUCAUCACCACCACUACCAUCACCACCAUCACCAUCACCACCAUCCCCACCACCAUCACCACCACCACCAUCAUCACCACCACCACCAUCACUACCACCACCACCACCACCACCACCAUCACCACCACUACCACCACCACCACCAUCACCACCACUACCACCACCACCACCAUCACCACCACCAUCACCACCACCACCACCACCACCAUCACCAUCACCACCACCAUCACCACCACUACCAUCACCACCACCACCACCACCAUCAUCACCACCACUACCAUCACCACCAUCACCAUCACCACCAUCCCCACCACCAUCACCACCACCACCAUCAUCACCACCACCACCAUCACUACCACCACCACCACCACCACCACCAUCACCACCACUACCACCACCACCACCAUCACCACCACUACCACCACCACCACCAUCACCACCACCAUCACCACCACCACCACCACCACCAUCACCAUCACCACCACCAUCACCACCAUUACCAACAACACCACCACCACCACCACCACCACCAACACCACCAUCACUACCACCACCACCACCACCGUCAACACCACCACCACCACCCCUGGCAGUGCCCUUCGAUCUUAAUGGGAGUUGA